GUUGGUGUGCGGGGAGUGCUCCCGCCGGGGCACCCGGCUCGUCCCGGGGCAGCGCAGGGUCUGCUUGCUUCUCGGGGCUGAGGAGCGGCCUGAGCUUCCUGAGUUCCCCUUUCGACUCCUGCUGUGGAAUUCCGGGAAGAAGUUUGGAAAGCCCUUCCUUCGGAGCCCAGGGGACGGUCCGCUCUAGUAGCGCUGUCGCGGUUCAGGGGCCGGGGGCCACGGUGCGGGUCUCUCCCGGUCUGGCUGCGACCAACUUGCAAAUUCUGUGGAGCUCUUGUACGGAAAACCCCCAAUAACUGAUGCUUGCAGCCCGCUCAAAGGCCAGGGAAGGGACACAGCCACAGAUAGAGAAGCUGGCCCGGAUUCAGACCGAUAGUGUAGUUACAAUGCUCCGUGAGCUAUACCCUGACCUACACUUUGAGAUUGUGGCCAUGUCAACAACUGGGGACAAGAUCUUGGACACAGCACUUUCCAAGAUUGGAGAGAAGAGCCUCUUCACCAAAGAGCUGGAAAAUGCACUUGAAAGAAAUGAGGUUGACCUUGUGGUUCAUUCCCUGAAGGACCUGCCAACUUCUCUUCCUCCUGACUUUACAAUUGGCGCUGUCUGCAAAAGGGAAAACCCACUUGACGCUGUUGUCUUUCAUCCCAAAAACUGUGGAAAAACACUGAGCCUCCUUCCUGAAAAGAGUGUGAUUGGAACCAGUUCACUUCGGAGAGCAGCUCAACUCAAGAAGAAGUUCCCUCAUUUAGAAUUCAGGGAUAUUAGAGGAAACCUAAAUACCCGUUUAAAGAAGCUAGAUGAGAAGGAAGAUUUCAGUGCCAUCAUCUUGGCUGCUGCUGGGCUGAAGAGAAUGGGCUGGGAAAAUCGCAUUGGCCAGCUCCUAAGCCCUGAAGAUUGUCUGUACGCUGUCGGACAGGGUGCCUUAGCCGUGGAAGUUCGUGCCAAAGACCAAGAGAUACUGAAUAUGGUAUCUGCCCUGCAUGAUGCUGACACUGUGUUGUGCUGCAUUGCUGAAAGAGCCUUUAUGAAGCGUUUGGAGGGUGGAUGUAGCGUCCCUGUUGCUGUCAACACCCUGCUGAAGGAUGGCCAGUUGUAUUUGACAGGAGCAGUCUACAGCUUGGAUGGAUCUGAUAGCCUGAAGGAGACCAUGCAGACCGGUGUUAGUUAUCCCCAUCAGAAUGAAGAUGGACCGAAUGAUGACGUGCAGCAUGUUGGCAUCACAGCCAAGAAUGUUCCUGGUCAGGCCCAGGAAGCUGCAGAGAACCUGGGUGUUGAACUAGCUAGUUUACUUCUGAGCAAGGGAGCAAAGCAUAUCCUUAGCGUGGCAAGGCAGCUCAAUGAUGCCCGCUGAACCUGGGGUGUGGCCAGCAGGAGUGCUACAAUUCUAGGUACAAGUCUGUGCAGCUGCAUCAUGAUCCUCUGGAGGGAUUUAUUUCAACAUUCACACCAGUCUUACCUGACAUUUGGGUGCAAAAAACCUGAAAUAUGAAACUAACUAACUGAAGUAGUUUCUGCUCUUCAGAGUUUUCAUUCCUCCACACAUUUCUCUAAAUUGUUAAGUGUCUUUAUGAAGUAUUGUCAACAACUUUUGUAGCUAGAGAACUGCAAGAAAAAUUUAAAAAUAAAAUAAAAGCCUUUAAGUGUUUAAAUCCA